GCUUCAGGAAAUACUUAAAUCUGGGAUUUACGAAGAGGGGCGGGUACCUCGCACAGUGGAGUGUGAAUUGACUUUAGAUCUUGUUGAUUCUUGCAUUCCAGGUGAUGAUGUGACAGUUACUGGAAUCAUCAAAGUAAUUAAUAAUUACAUGGAUAUAGGUGGAGGGAAGUCGAAAGCCAAGAAUCAGGGGCUGUACUAUUUGUAUUUGGAGGCAGUUUCGGUUAGAAACUCAAAGUCAUAUUCUGUUUCUGAAGAAUAUCAUCCCCGUAAUUCUGAGACUAAAAGUAAUAUGUUAUAUGAUCUGCAUACUUUUUCACAAAGGGAUUUGGAGUUUAUUGUCAAAUUCUCAGGCGAGUAUGGGCCAGAUAUAUUUCGCCAAAUAGUUCAAUCUUUUUGUCCAUCCAUUUAUGGGCAUGAAUUUGUAAAAGCUGGGAUCACACUUGCGUUAUUUGGAGGGGUGCAGAAGUACUCCAUGGAUGAGAACAAGGUCCCAGUUCGAGGGGAUAUUCAUGUCAUUAUUGUUGGCGAUCCUGGACUGGGCAAGAGCCAACUUCUACAAGCCGCUGCCACAGUUUCUCCACGAGGCAUAUAUGUUUGUGGAAAUGCCACAACAAAUGCCGGUUUAACUGUUACCAUUGUCAAGGAUCAUAUGACAAGUGAUUAUGCCUUUGAGGCAGGUGCGAUGGUUCUCGCUGACGGUGGUUUAUGCUGUAUUGAUGAAUUUGAUAAAAUGUCUGCAGAGUAUCAGGCUCUUCUAGAAGCCAUGGAACAACAGUGUGUCUCCAUUGCGAAGGCUGGAUUAGUAGCAAGUCUUUCUGCACGUGCUUCCGUUCUGGCCGCAGCGAAUCCUGUUGGUGGUCAUUAUAAGUCAGUCCCUUUGGUCCUCUGUUCCUAUUGGACUGCGUUGGGUGGGUGGGUUAGCUUUGUAGCUACUGGAGAUGGCAACGGACAAAUUUUCAGCUGCGUUGGGUGGGUAGUAGUGGCAUCGACUGGCAUUGCAGCGGUGGCUGGAGACAGAGAUUUGCAAAUAGCUGGCUUGGGUGGUGGG